AUGCAAGUUCAACCACCGCUCUUGGAGAAAGAAACUAUCAUGCUGUUCAUUAACACUUUGAAGGCCUCAUUCAUUACUCACAUGAUUGGAAGUACCACCAAGAGCUUUGCUGAUAUAGUUAUGGAAGGAGAAAUGAUUGAGAACGCUAUAAGGGGUAGCAAGAUAGAGGGGGAAAUUGCUAAAAAAUCGGCCCCAAGAAGGAAAGAUAAUGAGGUGAACAAUACGAGUAGUUAUAAUUCAAAAGCGAUUACGGUUAGUCAGCCCAGAGCAACUACAGUUGGGCAAAAGGAUUCCCAAAAGCAGGGAUCUGGUUCAAGACAAAAUUCUGAGAAGGUCUCAUUUACGCCUAUCCCGGUGACGUAUCGGGAGCUUUAUCAAAGUCUAUUUAAUGCGCAUGCAAUAGCUCAUUUUCAUUUGAAACCACUACAACCCCCAUAUCCCAAAUGGCACGAUGUAAAUGCCAAAUGUGAAUACCAUGCAGGGAUAUCAGGGCAUUCAAUCGAAAAUUGCACUGGCUUUAAAAAAGCAGUGGAAAGACUGAUCAAGAUGGGGGUCGUAAAAUUUGACGACACCCCUAGUAUAGAGAACCCGUUGCCAAACCACAGUGAUCAAGGGGUAAACGCAAUUGGGGACACUGGUAUGAGAAGGAUUAAAGAGGACGUGGCUGAGGUAAGAAUGCCGAUGAAAGUAAUCUGGGAAGAAAUGGUGAAAAGAGAAAUGAUAAUCUUUAAAGAGGGAAAUAAAGGAGUGAGGGACUACUGCGAGUUCCAUGCAGAAAAGGGACACGAGAUCCAGGAAUGUGACGAGUUUAAGGCUUUGGUACAAAGCCUUAUGAAUAAUAAGGAGUUGGAAUUUUAUGAAGCUGGCUCAGAUGAAGGUCAUGUAUGUACAUUGGAAGGUGAACCAAAGAAUCAAAAAAUCAACCGGCCAACGAUCAUUAUUUCUAUACCAAAGAAUAAUGAAGUUGAGACACAAACAACGCCGAAAGUCAUAAUUCACAAACCCGUUUCCUUUCCUUAUAAGGAUAACAAGAGGGUACCCUGGAAUUAUGACUGCAAUAUGACAAUACCGAAGAGAGAAGAUAUAGCUAGUACUUCUAAGAAGGCUCAAGUUGAAGGAUCCUACACACGUAGUGGGAAGCAUUAUGAUACAAAAGGCAUCAGAGUUGAACCUACAAAACUGAAAACCUUUGGUGUUGAGAAGGAAAAUAGGGCUGAGGUACUUUUUAAUGAACCAGUGAAGGAAGAAGAAGCUAGAGAGUUUCUAAAAUUCCUGAAACACAGUGAGUAUAGCGUGGUUGAACAAUUGCUCAAACAACCAGCUCGUAUAUCAAUGUUGGCUUUGCUUCUGAGUUUAGAGGUACAUCGUGAGGCAUUAAUGAAGGUGCUCAACGAGACUUACAUUACUAAUGAUAUAUUCGUCAACAAGUUGGAUCGAUUGGUUAGUAACAUAAGCGCUAACAACUUCAUUUAUUUUAAUGAUGAUGAAAUCCCACCUGGUGGCAUGGGAUCAGCUAAAGCUUUGCACAUCACCACUCGCUGCAAAGGAUAUACAUUGUCGAGUGUGCUUAUUGAUAAUGGAUCAGCAUUAAAUGUCCUGCCAUUAUCCACAUUGAACAGAUUGCCCAUAGACAGUUCUCACAUGAAAAUAUGCCAUAAUGUAAUGAGGGCAUUUGAUGGCACGGAAAGAAAUGUCAUGGGAAGAAUUGAUAUCCCCUUGCUGAUCGGGCCAAACAUGUAUGAGGUAGAAUUUUUAGUGAUGGACAUCAAACCCUCUUAUAGUUGCUUGUUGGGGAGGCCUUGGAUACAUUCAGCAGGAGCAGUACCCUCAUCUUUGCACCAGAAAUUGAAGCUAGUAACAGACGGAUGGCUGGUCACCAUAAAUGCGGAGGAAGACAUCAUAGCAGCAGUCACCAGCGACGCACCCUAUGUAGAGGCAAACGAGGAGGCUAUUGAGUGUUCUUUUUGCUUUUUAAAAUUCGUUAAUGCAACAUUUAUUUCAGAGGGGAAUGAGGUGUCGGUGCCUAGGAUAUCCAGAACUACAAGAAUGGAACUAAAGGAGAAGAGAGACCGUUUUGGCUUGGGUUUCAGGCCAGAUCAUAAGCAGAGGAGGAAGGAAAUAGAGAAGCGUCAAGAAAGAAGAAGGGCUCGUUUAAGUGGAAGAGAAGUAGAGUGGGAACUGAUGACAUUCCCUCAUAUAUCCCAAACAUUUAUAUCAGGAGGGAUAAUUCACCCUGAGAGAGGGAUGCUCGAAAAAGAAAAUUAUCACAUCAAUGCUGUACAUAAUGAAGAGUCUGAAAGAAGAAACCUUGAGGGCAUUUGUCCUUAUGAAUCGGGAAGCUCUUUAAACAAAUGGAUUGCAGAAAAACUUCCUGUAGUUUUUAAAGAUUUUUCAGAGUAA